UUGCUGAUCCUUGUUCACGUAAAACCAAAAGCGCAGUUCAAGUUGGGUCAUUCGCCAUUCCGCCGUGCCGACGUGUCAUUAGUGGCAUCGCUUUCUCCUCCCACAGCGCUCUUGAGCUCGAGCAACCACUUGAGUCUUCUUCCUCUCUCCCCUGCGCGUUCAUCCACCCGCUUCGCAGUCUCCAACGCGCCCUGUCAACUCUAAACCAUGGAUACCAAGGCCCCACUCUCACUCGACGCCUUCAUCAAGCUGGCCUUCUGUCUAGAAGGCCGAGACAAGCUGUCUAAGAUGCUGCAAUAUGGCAGUCGAGCGCUAGCCUUCUACGUUUUGUCGGCCGACCCCAAGAGCGACGUGGGCCAGCGCCUACACGCACUCUACAAGGUCAUGCAGCAGUCUCGCAAGGCCUUUCGACUGGGCAAAAGCGUCACGUACUACAAGAAGCUGCAAACUCUGUCCAGCAGCAAGAGUCUCACCGAGACGCAGCGCUAUCUGCAGUUCAUACAGAACCUGGGCAUGCUGGGCUACUUCCUAGCGGACAACGUGGCCUUCGCCAGCAAAGCCAAGGUGCUCCGCUUCGACGCAGAUGAUCUGGCUCGACGUGGCGGCGUCAUGUGGUUCUGCGCCAACGUCGCGGGCUUUUUCAACGCCCUGGAGAGUCUCAACGCCGACGUGGAGAAGGAGAAGUGUGUGCGGGACAUCUUGGCCUCUGAGGAGGACACUGCACGCGUCGAGACGCUGCAGAACCAGCUGGAAACGCUGAGGAGCGGCCGCUUCAAGAAGCUGCUCUCCGUGCUCAAGGUCAUGUGCGACCUCAUCGUGUCGUCCAACACGAGCGGCGUGCGGCUGGCGGAGCGGAUCACGGGCACGAAGCUGCACGACGGCAUCAUCGGGUCGGUCGGCUGCGUGUCGGCCGCGGUUGUGCUGUACAACACGUGGCCUAGUGCACCGAAGAAAGCGCUACCGCCUAGCGAGAAGGUGGAGACUAAGACUGAAACCAAGAGCGAGACGGACUAAGCUCGGGUGGUGCAGCAUUACGCUUUUAUAUGAAUAACAUGAUCAAAAUUUGAAAUUUGGGACUGGACCUGCUUGCGUAU